AUGCACACCGUCCAGAUAAAGGUGGCGGCUCAGAACGUUUCUCCUGCGCCGUGUCCGUCUCACACCAUCCAGGCUCAGAUCCACACCAACCUCAGAGACACCCUGGAGCACCACGUCCUCCUGGGGCUCUGUCCUCCACAACCGGCUCUGUCCUGGUCCGGCACUCACCGCGUAAAUUCGGGGAAGGACUUGCUGUACAGCCACACCGGUGUGUCCAUCUCCGGUCAGACCCAGCACAGCGCCUUCGUCCUGGCACUCAGGAACACCAGCAGCAUCCAAAGCAGCCGCUACUCCCUGCUCACCGAGUGGAAGUUGGGGAACUGGAGUGUUGAACUGGGAGGAAGUUCACACUCGUCCAGUAAGAACGCCACGCUGAGGGUUCAGGCCAAACUCGACCGUAGUGAGAUGCUCUGGCUGCAGGGGUCGCUGGGAAAACGGUGCCUGCAGGCUGCUGCGGGAUACAGCGGCGAUUCAUCCGACGACCUCCGAACGACCCUGUGCUUGGAGAGACGCCCCUGGAUGACGUUCGAGGCCCAAAGAGGAGGCAGCGACAUGGCCAACGAAACCCUGGCGGUCAUUUCGGCGGGAGCAGCUGAUCACGGCCUGGUGUUUCGCGCCAAGGGAUGCGAGGAGUGCUUAUCGGCGAGCGAGGCACGGCUCCAGCAGCUGGCGUUCCAUGUGAAGAGGAAGCUGCUCGAGAGGGUUCAGAAGCUGAGCCAUCUUCUGCAGGAGCUCAGGAGACAGGCUGGAGGCGGCACCGCCAUGCAGGAGCUGAGCGACACGUCCCUGCGUUUCACCCGUACGGUGGAGAACCUGCUGACGCCGAGAGCGCCGGCGCUUUGGGACGCCUGGAUGUCUGGAGCGGUCCGUCGCACCCUGACGAGCAGCCUGCCUCAAACACUGCAGGUCCUACAGCACACGUCUCAGCUCAUCCAGCAGGAGCUCAGAAAGCCGCUGGCCACGCUGGCCGGAGCGUACCACGAUGUAACCGGGGAGCGUCUGGACAGGGCGUGGGAUCAGACGCGAGAGCUGUGGAGCAGGGAGCUGGUGAACCUGCUGCCUGCUGUUCUUCACAAUCACCACCUGAGGGCGCCGUUCAGGAACGCUCUCCACAGCACGAUCGCUGGGCUGGACCUGGUCAUACAGCACACAGUCCAGUGGACUGAAUCCAGAUUGGCCAUGAUGCUUGUGCGAGUCAGACGACAGCUCGCCUUGACGUUCAAGUUCUCCAAAAGGGAUGCAGAGCUGUCACUGAAUCUUCCUUUACCCCGGAACCCAUGGGUGAAGAAGUCAGAGGUCGGCAUGGUAAAGGUCAUGGUGGAGGAGAUCCUCAUGAAACCUCUUCUGUCACUAAAUGCAGGGAGCAUCACCGCCGAGCUCUACAGACUCAAGAGGAGAUUGAUGGACGGUCCUUUCAAUCGUGAGUCUCUGGAGUUGAUCACAUGA